CUAAGCAGCGUCAGAAACCGAAAGCGCCAUCAGUUUUUACUUUCCCUUUCUAGUGAACUAACUGACAGUAAGAGGUUCACCGCAUAACUCUUGCGCAGAGUUUGCACGUUGCUUGUGUAAUAUCCAUGGGCUCGCCUUCCUGAUUUAAAGCAAAUAUUUACAAUAUUGCAACGUAACUAAUCCUCCAAACCCUGAGUUCGUGAUUGCGGGCCUCGGACCUUCGCUAGGACUCCUUCCCUCAGCAAAGCAGCAAGAAUGAGCUCUUGUUCUGGACCAGAAGAUGCCAGAGUUGUAAUUGUAGGUUCAGGUUUUGCAGGGUUGGCCGCUGCAGCCACGUUGGUGAAGGCAGGAUUUGAACAUGUCCUGGUUCUUGAGGCGAAGGAACGCAUUGGAGGUCGAGUGCACACCACCAAACCCUUCACAGAGAACGUCAUUGAAGUUGGAGCGAACUGGAUCCACGGACAGAAAGGAAACCCGCUGUUCAAGAUUGCCAAAGAGGAGAACCUGCUAUCCGAGGGACCUUCUGCAUCCAAAAACAUGUGCCUGCCCCAUUCUGUAACCCCUCGAGAUUACUUUUUCAAAGAAGAUGGGAAGCAGGUCUCCAAAACGGCUGUGGAUCAGGUGUGUUUGCACUUCAGCAAGCUCACCGACAAAGCUUUUGAUGACGAACUUGAGCACAAACACAGGAAACUAUCUCUUGGUGCUUAUCUGGAUGAUGCCUUUGGUGAAUUUUCUUUAGCAGCGACAGAAGACGGCCAGCAAGUUUUUGAAUGGUGCAAGAGGACUGAAUGCACGGACGAGGCUUGCUCUAGCCUCUACGAGGUGUCUGCAUCUCAGAUUAGCUAUUACACUGCUUUAGAGGGAGGAUUUUUUAACACUUUGGGACCCGGGGGCUAUCGAGCCAUCUUAAAUGUUCUAAUGAAAGAUCUGCCUUCGGGAACUGUCCAGUGUAGUGCUCCUGUCAAGAGCAUCCGAUGGGACUUGGUCAGAAAAGGCCAUUGUGAAAACCAAAGGUAUCCUGUUCAGGUGGUUUGUGAAAACGGACAGAGUUUUGAGGCAGACCAUGUGAUCGUCACCGUUUCUCUGGGGGUUCUCAAAGACAAAGCCACGACCAUGUUCGAUCCACCCUUACCGGAAAAAAAGCUGUCUGCAAUUCGGAAUCUUGGCUUUGGGAUAGUGGACAAAAUCUUUCUGUUUUUUGAGAAGAGUUUCUGGCCCGAUGACUGUGCCGGGGUUCAGAUGGUGUGGAAAGAGGGUCCUGAAGAUAAAGACGUUUAUGAGUCUCUGUCUGAAGGAGACACCUGGAAGAAGACGUGGUUUAAGAAGAUCACCGGUUUUGAUACAGUGGCCCGUCAUCCAACAGCUCUGUGUGGCUGGAUCACAGGGAGAGAAGCACUGUAUAUGGAGAAGCUUCAGGACAGUGAAAUAGGAGAUAUCUGUGUAAGGUUGCUCAGGUCUUUCACAGGCUGGUCAGUGCCAGAGGUCUCAAAGACGCUGAUCUCCAGAUGGGGCUCUGAUUCUCACGUCCAGGGCUCCUACACAUUUAUUCCUGAUGGUGUUGAUGGAGUGAAAGCACACAAGGCAUUAGCAUCACCUCUUCCUCCUAAAGAUAAAUGCAGGGGGAGAAAGCACCUUCAGCUGUUGUUUGCUGGUGAAGCUACACAUGUGAACUUCUACACCACGACCCAUGGAGCGUAUCUCACAGGGGUCAGAGAAGGAGAAAGACUCAGAAGCUAUUACACUGAUUGAGCAUACAGUCUUUGGUUUCAUAAAGAUAACAUUUUAUGAAUGUGUAACAUUUUAUAGACCUCCUCUCACACCCUACAGACUAAAAUGAACUAUAGGUUGUUUUCAGCUGCCUCACAAACAUCAUUAACUGUGAGUGUUUUCAUCCAGCUGGUCACGGUAUCAUGCAUAUCUCUGUCCUGUUAAAUGUUAAAGAUAUCCGUGUUGUAUAAGUACAAAAGUUAAAUAAUAUUUUGUAAAAAUGAAAGACGAUUGCAUUCAUUGAAGUCAAUUAAUUAAAUGAAGUAAAAGGGUAGUUGUUACUCUGUGAUAUGCAUACAGUGCCCACAGCUACUAUGAAGCCUGACCCAUGAGGGUUUAAAAUUGAUCAAUAUAAAAUGUCAAGAACUUUUGGUUUUGUUCACAACUGUAUGCAUUGACGGUGCCUUGAUUUAAACGAUUUGUUUAUCCAGGAAUGUCUAUAUUUGAUCA